UAAUACAGAAUUAUAUAUUUUAAAAUAUUAGGGACUGUCCCUCUAAUAUAGUUUGAAUAAGGAACUAGGAACAAGGAACCAACUUCACGGACAUAAAUAAGAGACUUGUGGCAAGUCUACGCAGUGAACAAUAUUAUCCUCGAUACUCUUCACAGGAUAACUCCACUGAAUAGAACAGGCUUGUCAGCAGAUGGCUGGGGCUGUUGUCAGCAAACAAGAAUGAUGUUUCUGCUUCGGUCCGUAAACAAUUUCGGCAGCAACUCAAUGGCAACUGCAUCCAUACCAUUAAUAAGAAGGUUUGUACACUUGAAAAAUGGAUCCGACUGGACUCUUACCAAUCCAGAGACACGAGAUAAACAAGAAAAAGUGAAAACAUUUGAAGAAAUGCCAACCAGAAAUUCAAAUUUGCUGCAAACUUUUUUUGAUCUAAUUUACAUAAAGCGAAAAGGAUUUUUUUCAAGGACAGACCUACUUGUCCAAGAAAAUGUUGAGAAAUACGGUCCAAUUAUGCGGAACUUGCUAGGAAAUGAAUUUAUAGUAGAGAUUGUGGAUCCUAAGCUAGUAGAAAAAGUGUUCCGUGCAGAAGGAAAGUAUCCAGAACGUUUUGAAAUGAAACCCUGGAAAGACUACAGACUGACAAGAAACAUUCCUUUAGGGUUAUUUCUUCAGGAUGGAAAGGCGUGGCACCGAAGCCGUCAAGCAAUUAACAAGCGCAUCAUGAAGCCUGUGGAAAUUACACAGUACAUUCCAGCCAUGAAAAGUGUAACAGAUGACACGAUUGCACGUUUGAGGAGAAUUCAAAUAAAGGAGGGAGACAAAAAAGACCUUAUUCCAGACCUUGAAGGGGAGCUUUUCAAGUGGUCCAUGGAAGGAGUUACAAAAGUUCUCUUGGAUCAUCGCCUUGGUCUACUGUCUGACAAGAUUGAUAAGCAAUCACAGAGUUUCAUUGAUGCCAUUCAAGAAGUCUUUAGAACAACAUUUGAGCUGUUGUUAUUUACUAAUCUCCACAAACGCUUCAAUACAAAAUUGUGGCAGCGACAUGUUGCAGGUUGGGAUACUAUUAUUAUAGUCAGUAAGUAACUGGUACGAAAAAUCUGAAAAUUAAGAGUUGAUAGCUGAUAUUUAGUUAUUAAUAGCUGAUGUUCAGAAUGUGGGAGGUAAUGUCUCCACUCCAAGCAAUUAAAUUGUAUACUGAAAUAUGGUGUUGAGUUCUCGUAAACUAGCAAUAAAGACAAUGAAUACAACAGUAUAACUCAUAGAACAGAAUUGUAUUCUUUCCUUGUGGUUCUCUCUCAGUGGCAAUUCCUGCCCUCAACGUCGGUAUUGUCACACAGGACAAUAGUAAGAACACCACAUUUCCCCUCUUAAAAGCAGAAACUAUAAUCACAGUAAAAAUGAGUGUAUACCAUAUACGGUACAAUGUAAACUCAGUUACUAUAACAAUAAACACUUCCAUUUCUUACUGGUACUGUACCCAUAACAUAGUCACGAGUCCAUCUAGGUGGAUUUCUAACUCUCUUACUCCUUGAGAAACGUGAACCUAACUGAGUUGAAUUGUUGUUCAUUGAAUCAUCAGCAGUUGGAAAAACUAUAAAGUCACUACUGUGAUCACCACGACUAUCUCCCCCUCAGCCUAAUAGGGUUGGCUUUCCUAGAAAUGGAGCUAUGUGUUUCACAUUUCAUUUUUGACCAUUGGUCAUUACGCAAGUGUUUAGACCAAUAUGUUGUCUAAUUUCCACCGGUUCAAUAAAUUUACUCUCACCCUUGUGGACAUUCCAAACUGGACGUUUAUCGAUUCGCGCCGUUUGAAAAUAAAAAAUCCGGUUAAAGCGCUCGACAGUACUGUUUCCUUCUUGGCGAUACAGUACACCGCAGAAAAUCUGUGUUUGAUGUUACGUUUUUGCAAGAAAGUUUCAAACUCCUGGCUAGUUAACUGCGUACCAUUAUCAGAAACUAGUUCUUCAGGAUAACCUUCACGACUGAAUACCUUAGUCAAAAAAUAAAUUACAGUUUUGGCCGUAAUAUUUGGGCAUUUACUUCGCUAAUCGAUUAAUGAGAUAAUGUAACGCUCGUUCGCAGGUGCAGAAUAAUUUGGACCUACGAAAUCAAUCCCGAGCUUUUGCCAUGGUCGUUCUGGCAAUUGUACCGGCUGCAUAGGAGCCACUCGUGUUUUCGCAGACUUGUUAGCAAUUUGGCAAUUAAACAAUUAGUAAUUGUGUCAGUUAUGUGUAUGUCCAUUUUAGGCCACCAGUAAAAAUCUCUUAAUCUUUAGUUCGCACAAUACCUUGAUGAUUUUCAUGGGCCAGAUUAACUAAUUUGGAGGUAAGUGCUGCUGGUAUUAUCACGCGUUGACCACGAAAAAUGAUAUCAUUAUGAAUCGAGAACUCAUCUCUAAUACGGGAAUAGGGCUUAAUGAUUUCUGGAAUAUGCUUUUUAUCAUUCGGCCACCCAUUAUGUAUGUAUUCUUUAAGCUGCAUGCAUACUUCAUCAUUAUUUGUAGCCUGUUCUAAUUCAAUGCGUAUGAUAGCGCUAUAAAAUAAGUAUUGUUUAGAACAACUUGACAGACUGCAUCACUGUCAUCUUCAUUUAUCGCGGAAUCGAGUGUAGGAAUAGGUAACCUCGAAAGGGAAUCUGCAAUUCUGUUCUGAAUGCCUGGUUUAAAUUGUACUCAACCGUAUAAUUGUAAUGUAGUAAACAAGCGUUCCAUCUUGCGAUCCGCAUUGGUCUACGACCUGUUCCUUUUGAAGAAAGUAAUGUAACCAAUGCCUGAUGAUCAGUACAAAGGGUAAAAUGUCUCCCCCAUAAAUAAGUAUGCCAUUUUUCUAUAGCCCAAACACAAGCAAGUGCUUGUGUUUGGGUGCAGUUAAUGUUCGAGACGCGCAAGCAAUUGUUUCCGAGCCGUCACUCUUUACCUGUGUAAGUACCGCUCCUAACCCAUAACCACUCGCAUCAUGUUGUGACAAAAACUUUGAGAUCAGGCAAGAAUAGAGCAAGACCAGGGCUAUUAAUAAUAUCGGACUUAAUAUCCUGAAAAGCGGAAUUUGCUUUGUCAGUCCAUAUGGUUCAAUGGAUUGUACUAGGCUUAGAUUUGUAUUUCACCUCAGAGCAUGUAGGAGUAUCACUAUCAUCACCUUCGCCCAUAGACUUGGCCUCUUUCAUCGCAGUUUCACACUGCCUUGCUAGUUUUAUGGCCUUGUCCAGCUUGACAUCGGUUUCUGUAAGUAAUCUAGUUCGUAUUUUGGAACUACUGUAUUAGUCUUCUCUACAAGUUGAUCUCGUAGCAUUUCGUCCUCAAACGUACCAAAUUCGCACCGUGAAGCCAGUUCGCGGAGCGCUGCAUUUCGUGCGGGAGUUGUGCACGCUGACGAAAUCUAUAUCUCUCAGCCACCACACUAACCUUUGGUGCAAAAUGACUCUGCAAUGUUGUCAUUGCCUUUGUAAAAAUAUCGUCACCUGCUUCUCCUAGUUCUGGUAACAUGUAAAAAAUUCGUUGGCCUUCCGGACCUAGCGAGUGUAAAAGUAUAGCUCUUCUACGCUCCGGCGAUUCCUUCACUGUAUUCGAAGCGAGUAGGUAAUUCUCGAAUAAUCGCCUCCACUGCAACCACACGGUAUGACGAAUUCGAUCCAACUCGGCCACAAGUCAACUCGGCCA